UUUGCAAGCAAACUGAGCAGCACCUAUUUUACUUGUAAUACUUUAAAAAUCUUCUUUAAAUAAGCUCUUUCGCAAUGGAAAUAUAAUCAAGUGAAAAUUUUCGCUGUUUGAACUGAAACUGCUCUUUCAUCUGCAACAAGUUUAAAAAGCGUCCAACAUGGACGAGGACGGGCUGCCGAUCGUGGGUUCCGGUGUCGAUCUUACCAAGGUCCCUGCUAUUCAACAGAGAAGAGUCGUUGCCUAUCUCAAUCAGUUUGUCGUGCACACAGUCCGGUUCCUUAACCGCUUUUCCACAGUUUGUGAAGAGAAACUUUCCAACAUAUCUCUACGCAUACAGCAGAUUGAAACAACCCUUUGUAUUCUGGAAGCCAAGCUGUCUUCCAUACCUGGGCUGGAGGACGUCACGAUAGAGGGACUCAGUCAGCGGCAGCCUGCUCAGGCUAAUGGACCCACUAACACCAGUCAGAGCCAAACAGAUGGUCCACCAGCAGGGACCCUGCCUCCCACAGAGCCCGCUCAGACUGCACCAGAUUCUGCAGCGACACCAAAAGCAGAAGCAGCUGCAGAGAACGUCAUGACAGUGGCCAAGGACCCACGUUAUGCCCGAUACCUGAAAAUGGUCCAAGUGGGAGUCCCAGUUAUGGCGAUAAAGAACAAAAUGGUCCUGGAGGGUUUGGAUCCCAGCUUGCUUGACACACCGGAUGCCCCCUUACCUGAUGGAGGAACAAGGAGCACAGAGGAUCAGGAUAUUGCAGCCACCAGCUCUGACAGCGAAUCAUCUUUCAGUGACUGACACCUUUCCUCUGUCUCCAUCACCCAUAUAGCUUCCUGUAAAGGCCAUUCAUUGCUAUUCUGAGCUCCUGUAGGCCUGUACUGAGAAUGAAAAGUCGGCUGCAGAGUGCCUGUAAAGGAGCACCUGUGAGAGGGUGCAAAUGUAAGAGCCUGAAACAGGAAACUCCAACCAGAUUGUAAUUUCAGUGUUAAAGCACUGAAAUAGUUUUGCAUUCAGUCGGUCAGUGACCUCCACAAUUUUGAUACAUCUUGCGUUUUUGACAAAUUCAAAAAGAGGGAAUAAUUUUCCUUGUUGACUGUUUGUCAUCAGAACAUGGCAGUGGCGAUGACUAUUGUACAAGAAGUUAUUAUAUCCUGUAGAAGAUAUCGGUCUUCUUUUUAGUUGUUGCACUACUAUCACAGUUUAAUGCCUUUAAUAGAAACUUGAACAGAAAAAUUAUUUGAAAAAAGAUACUCAACAAAUAAAUUGUAUUUCUGUGUGUUAAGGCCAGGGAGAAAAAUAUCACAAUAAUCCUUCAGUAAUGAUGUAUAUCAUAAUAUGGUGUAAUUUCCGUCCUUCCUUAAAAUCAGCUGUCAUUCUGAAGUAGUUUGAUGAAAUUAUACUAGCAAUAUUUUGAUUUGUUGACCUUUAACAGAACGCUUAAAGGAAUACUUCACUCUCCAAAUGACCGUUUUUAAAUCUAUUACUAAAACUAUAUUAAGCUCUUAAACAACUCACGCAGUAUAAUUAUAGUCUCAUUUAUUCAACUGUGUGCUCAGUACUUCCUAAAAAGACAACUCUUUCUGAUGGGGAACUGAACUGAAAGCGAAACUUAUCAAUGCUCUCUUCAAAGCCAGAUUCCAUUGACAAAAGCAGUAAUUUUACCUUGCUGAACACAGGAGUUGCUGAUCUACUGCUGCCCGGAUUGGUAGAUUAUAAGUGUUAGUGUUUGACUUUGCUGAAUUUGAACUAACCUUUUAAAACAUUAAAGUCACACGGCAACACAAACAAACUGACUAAUUGAGGCAGCAGUAGACCAGCAGCUCCUGUGUUCAGGGAGAUAAAAUUACUGUUUUUGUCAAUGGAGUCUGGCUUUGAAGAGAGCAUAGGUAAGUUUUACUUUCCAUUCAGCUGGGUGGCACUGAGCAUACGACUGGAUAAAUUAGACUUUGAUUGUACUGCACAAUUUGUGUGAGAGUUCGUUAACAGAUGUUUUGAUAUAGUUUUUGCUGUUGUUAACAAUGGACCCCAAUGACUUCAAUUCAUCAAGAACUUUCAGGAGUUUUUGGAUUCUUCAUUCAUUGUGGCAACAUGUGAGAAAACAUUGUUUCCUUCAUGAAUUAAGCCUAACACAGGAUUAGUAAGUGAUAUACAAAUAAUCAUUUGGGGAGUGGCAUUUCCCUUUAAUACUGCCUGUUUUUUUUUUCUUCAUCUCAAAGCAGCAAAACUGAGAUUCAAUAAGUUGGCAUAUGAACAAUAUCCAAACAGGAGUUCCAAACUGGUGUCUUUACAGAAUAUUAUAAUCAAGUCGCAGUGGAGUGUCAUGCUUUUCCAUUAUUGUACCUUGUUAAUCACGACACAGUGACUUCUGAAAGUAUUCAGAUCUCUUUGCUUUUUUUUUUUUGCAAAGUUUAUAUAUUAAAGAUUUAAGAUGGAUUGGGUUAAAUUUUUGGGCUGUCAGUUUACUAACAAUAUGUUAGAGCAAAAACAUGUUAAUAGAAGGUUUUGAAAACUUAUUCUGAAUGAAAAAAUGAAAUCUGAAUAUUUUCCAAAGCUGCUGAGUGUGUCUUGAUUUAUAAUACAGACAAAAACUCUUUAUAUGUCACCAAUGAGUGACAGUAAAUGAUAAAAAGUAGUGUAUUGUCUGAUUCUGCUUUGGGUCCUUGCAUAGCAAACAUUUUUCUAUUGACAUUUUCAACUGGGUUUUAAUGUUUGUCCCAUGAUAGCAUUGCCUUGUACAGUAACCUCAGCUGGAAUGAAGAUAAACAAACUUGCACUAAAUCAGUGAUAAACACAACAUGUCAGAACACAAACUUGUCCCAGCUUAUGACAUUCAUCAGGACUUGUGACUACACGCCCUAAAAAUGUAAAAUAGUGAGGUCAUGAACUCCUCGGCACAUAACAAAUAUUCAUAAGAUUUCUAUGAAUGAAUAUUAUUACACUAUAGUGACUGUGAAAAUGAGUGUGAAGAAGUCUGGGAAGCACUUUGUGUACAAAAGCAAGAAGAUCUGUAAUAAAUAAACAGUUUGCUUAAAAAAAAAA